UUGACAUCAAUUGCCCCUUUCCAUUUUGCCAUGUCCGUCGACGCUUCGGAUGUGACGGAUGCGCUGCUGCCUGGUCUCCGGGGGAGCGCUUCGCAAGCUGUCUUCUGCCGAAGCCUCCCCGACUCGGCCGCGCCGCUGCUGCGGCUGCUGCGGCGCUUGCUGCGGGAGCGAGAUCUCGAGGGCGAGGCGGCGCAGUGCCUGGUGCUCUGCGAGAAGUCGAAGCUCCGAGGCCUGGAGCUGCGGCAGAUGGCCAAAGAGGAUCCUGUGGACGAGGUGCUGCGGAACGUGCACAUCAAGUACAUUCAGCCGGGCGGAGCGCCCGCGGCGCUGCUGGCGCUGCAGGCGCUGCGCUUCCGGCCAACGGCCGUGGCGGUGCUGGAGCUCCAGCACCUCACCGCGGGCCCGGCGCAGGAGCAUCACUACCUGAUGUGUGCUUCCCUUCUGCUGGACGCGUGCGCUCAGAUGAGACCGCCCUGCGCAGCGCUGAUCUGGGAGCCAGAGCUGAAGAGCGAGAGUCUGCUGGGCGGCAUCUUUACGAAGACUUGGGACCUCAGCCUCGAUCCAGACACCGACAGGCUCGCGCUGCAGGAGCUUUUUACCUGACUGCCCGGGGCCAGAAGGCCCUUUGUUGAGGUUUUCAAGAUUCUUGGGGUCCUCCAAAUCCGCGCGCUUGA